UUUCAAGAUGGUGGCGGCUGGGCGGGGGAGGCGGCUCCUGUGAGGAGGCGGCAGCCGAGGCACUCCCUCCACUCCCCCGGCCCGGGAAAGCGGAGCGGCGGGGACACCCGGAAUGGCCCAGGUGGGUGCUGAGCCCACAGACUCCCGCGUCGAAGAAGGUUGAAAGAAGAAAAGGAGACCUUCUUGUCCAAUGAAGAUGCAUUCUACUUAGUCUUCAGCUAUUUAAGCUGAAUGCAUUGUGAUUUCCAAUAAUUGAGACAGUGAUUCUGAAAGCUGUCUACAUUAAUGAAAAGAACAAUGUAGUCAGCUUAACUGAAUCAUCAGUGUUGCAUAUUGAAUAGAACAUGAUAAACCUACCUUGAUGGACUUGUGCAUGUUAGGAAUAUAGAUUAUAUACGUUUAUUUAAAGCCUUGUUUUUUAAAACAGUAGUUUUACAGUUUAAAUAUGGAGAAAACUGAAAAUGCACCUCCCCUCCCCAAAGAACCUGCAAGAGAAAUGAAUGUGGAGAACCAGACUUGUCCCCCACCUCUGCCGCCUAAUGAACAGCCUCCACCACCUCCCCUGCAAACGUCCAGUGACGCAGAGGUAAUGGACGUUGGCUCUGGUGGUGAUGGACAGUCAGAUACCCCAGCUGGGGACGCGCACACUGUCUGCAGAACACAGCUUCUGACAAAGGGAUCUACUUGCUACAAAACUCGUCUUAUAAUAGACCCUAACAAUAGUGACCAAAGCCCAAGAACUGCUCGUCAUGCACCUUCAGUUCGAAAGUUCACCCCUGAUCUUAAGUUACUUAAAGAUGUAAAAAUUAGUGUUAGCUUUACAGAAAGCUGCAAAAGCAAAGACAGAAAAGUUCUGUACACUGGAGCUGAGCAAGAUUAUAAGCCAGAUACAGAUUUUAGUAUUAAUAAUGUCAAUGGGGAUUUGUAUGUUUGUCCUUUUGGUGGUAGUAAUGGUAAAGCUGUAGGUGUAGGGGGUGAAAAUGAUGACAAGAAGGAUGAUGAAAAUGAUAUUGAUCAGGAAAAGAGAGUGGAAUAUGCAGUUCUGGAUGAGUUAGAAGAUUUUACUGACAAUUUGAUGGAAAUUGAUGAAGGAGGAGGGUUCACAUCUAAAGCAAUCGUUCAAAGAGAUAAAGCGGAUGAAGAAACCUUGAAUUACUCUUAUGAGGAUGAUUUUGAUAAUGAUGUGGAUGCUCUGCUGGAAGAGGGCCUUCGAGCUCCCAAAAAGAGGAGAAUAGAUGAGAAAUAUGGAGGUGAGAGUGACCACCCAUCUGAUGGAGAGACAAGCGUGCAGCCGAUGAUGACCAAAAUAAAAACUGUACUUAAAAGUCGUGGCCGUCCUCCUACGGAACCAUUGCCUGAUGGAUGGAUCAUGACAUUCCAUAACUCAGGCAUUCCUGUAUAUCUGCACAGAGAAUCCAGAGUUGUUACCUGGUCCAGACCUUAUUUCUUGGGAACAGGAAGUAUAAGGAAACAUGAUCCUCCCUUGAGUAGCAUUCCCUGUCUGCAUUACAAGAAAAUGAAGGACAAUGAGGAAAGGGAACAAAACAAUGACAUAACCCCAAAUGGGGAAGUAUCGCCUAUAAAGCACAUAGACAAGUCUUCGGAACUGGACUGCCAAACAGAGGAGCCGGACUCCACUGCUGCUGAUUCUGGGCCUUUAGAUGAGAGAGAGCCUUCAGGGGGUGAUGCAGCACCAGGAGCCUUAGGACAAGUUAAGGCCAAAGUUGAAGUGUGUAAAGAUGAAUCUGUAGACCUUGAGGAUUUUAGACACUACCUUGAAAAACGUUUUGAUUUUGAACAAGUUACCGUAAAAAAAUUCAGAACCUGGGCUGAGAGACGACAGUUCAACCGUGAAAUGAAGCGGAAGCAGGCGGAGUCUGAACGGCCUAUUCUGCCAGCCAAUCAGAAACUCAUUACCUUGUCUGUGCAAGAUGCACCUACAAAGAAAGAGUUUGUUAUUAAUCCCAAUGGGAAGUCUGAAGUUUGCAUACUGCAUGAAUAUAUGCAGCGAGUCCUAAAGGUCCGCCCUGUUUACAAUUUCUUUGAAUGUGAGAACCCAAGUGAGCCUUUUGGAGCCUCAGUGAUUAUUGAUGGAGUGACUUAUGGGGCAGGAACUGCAAGCAGCAAAAAACUCGCCAAGAAUAAAGCUGCCCGAGCUACACUGGAAAUCCUCAUUCCUGACUUUGUUAAACAGACCUCUGAGGAAAAGCCCAAAGACAGUGAAGAACUUGAGUAUUUUAACCAUAUCAGUAUUGAGGACUCACGGGUAUAUGAACUGACCAGUAAAGCUGGACUGUUGUCUCCAUAUCAGAUUCUCCAUGAGUGCCUUAAAAGAAACCAUGGAAUGGGUGACACAUCUAUCAAGUUUGAAGUGAUUCCUGGUAAAAAUCAGAAGAGUGAAUAUGUCAUGACUUGUGGCAAGCACACAGUGCGAGGCUGGUGUAAGAACAAGAGAGUUGGGAAACAACUAGCUUCUCAGAAAAUCCUACAGCUCCUGCACCCGCAUGUGAAAAACUGGGGCUCUUUAUUGCGUAUGUAUGGUAGAGAGAAUAGCAAGAUGGUCAAACAGGAAACCUCUGAUAAAAGUGUGAUAGAACUUCAGCAGUAUGCCAAAAAGAACAAGCCAAAUCUACACAUCCUGAACAAGUUACAGGAAGAAAUGAAAAAGUUGGCACAAGAAAGGGAGGAAACUCGAAAGAAACCCAAGAUGACAAUAGUAGAAUCAGCUCAGCCUGGUAGUGAACCUCUGUGUACUGUUGAUGUGUGACCAGAAAACUUACAAGUGGGGAGCAAUAAAAAAUGGAGAAACUACUUUCAACAAUUAUUUAAGAAUCUAUUUGCUGCAGAAUGCAAGAUAACUUUACAAUCCCGGCUGCUUCAGUUAUGCAUUGUUCUUUUGCAUCAUCAGGGCAAUAUUACUUUUUUUUACCUCCUGAGAUAUGUAUGUUUAAAUGAUUGAUCAUAAAGAUCUCUACUUGGGCAAAUGCACAGAGGAUAGGCAUGUUCACACAGGAUACAUUUAAGCUAGCACUUUUUCCUUGAAAGUCAUCCAUGUUGUCUUGAAUGGAUGUGUUUAAGGAUCAAAUUCAGAAAAUCUAUGUACAGGUUGAAGCUGAUAUAUUAUAUAUAAAUUUUUAUAUAUACACACUCUUGUAUGAACAUGCCUAAAAUUAUUUUUGUGAAAAGUUUUGUUGCAUUUCAGCACAUAAUAAUAUGCACUGAUAAGACACUUUGACAGAUACAUGAAAAAGUGAUGAGCGAUGUUCCUAAUGUCAUAGGAUUAGGCCAGUAAUGCCGUUUUUAUUUUGUGUACUGCCAGGCUAAGGUUGGUUUGGUUUUAAAUUUUUUUUUUUUUUUUAACUUGAAAAGAACAAGUGUACCUGGUAGUGUUAAGAGCAACAAGUUGGAUAUCCCAAAUUGUUGGGCUUUAUUUUAAAGGAAAAGUUAUGAUUGUUUACAAACCAAUUGGAAGGGAAAAUAUUUGGCCCUCUAUUUCAGUGUUUCCCAACCAGUGUGUCGUGGAAUUUUUUGAAAAACGACACGUGAGAAUGGGCUGGGGGAACUGCUGUCUGAUUGGCAGUAUGCCUCACUAUCCCACCUUCUCCAAGGAUCGAGCAACCAAUCAGAGCUCAGUCUCCCUCUCCUUCCCUCCUGCAGCUGCUUAUCUGGGUGGCAGUGGGAAGAAUCCCUGGAGCUAGAGAUGUGCCAUGGCAGAGAAAAGGUUGGGAAUCACUGCAAUUUGAUAUAAACUGCAAUUAACUUAGCCACUUGAGAGGCUAUCUGCAGAGCUUGAAGGAGAAAUAUAACUGAAGACUGUUGAUGGGUAUUCUGAAAUAUAUUGCCAGUGCAUUGUUUAAAGAAGCUCCACCCUAACUCCCCUGUAAUAUAGUAAUUUUAAUUUGUUUGGUGUCUGGCCACAUGUUACUUGUUUGUUUAGUUAAGUUUUAGAUAACUUGCUUCAUUAAAUGAAAGAUUUUGAAAACAAUUUCUUCUUGUGGCCUGGCCUUUGGAAAUGCUAAAUUAACUGAUUGCAGCUAUCUUACUUUUUUUUUUUAAAGUUGUUAUUGGCUUUUUACUUACGUUUUUCUUCAAAUGCUAAAAAACUUUACUUCUGCAAUGGAAAUUAGAACGUAGAUUUGGGAUACAACAUAGAAAAAAGACUAGAAUAAGACCUUAAUAGAGUGUACUGAUUAAGAUGAAAAAGGACAUGAAUAUGCAAGCAUUUUUGAAAUACAAUCUUAGAAAAUGGGCAGUACUUACUGUAUCUGCUGAUGCUUUAAUAAGUUAUGCACAAAAGAAAUAUUUUGGUUGUAGUGAAAGCACUGUUUUCCCCUUUAUUUAGGGUUUUUACUUUUAUUGGCUAAUGCAGUAAAUUCCUCAGAUUUGAAGGGGGAACCAUUUUGUGCUUAAAAGAAGGCGGUGUGGGAGUGGAAUGGCAAGAAGCCAGUUUGGUGGUAGGGGUCCAAUGACUUAUCCAAGAGUUGAUAUUUUACGCUCCCCAAAUAAUUGGUGGGACAGAGAGAUACAGUUCUUAAUCCUUAUAAAUGCUGCAGGUCUGGUACUUGUCUGGACAGCUAUCAUUCUUGAAAUCUGAGUACAGCAUACUGCAAUAUACUGACUGAUUGUGCCAACUGGAUUUUAACACCUUUAAUAUCAGCCCUGCUAUUUUGGAAAUUAGAAAACUUAAGUUUUUGAUCCCAAGCUAAAGUUCUGUAAUUUAUUGCUUCUGAUAUUUGAGAUCAGUCUCAUCUGUUUCUGUAUUUGCAUUGUUAUAAGUGAUAUGCUCAGAGGUGUCCGCAAAUAAGAACUCACCCAAUCUUCAUUAUCAUAUUCCGCUUUUGAGUUCUGUGAAUUAUAAUCUGUUUUCAGUACAGAAGGAUAGGUGGAGGAUGAUGCAUUAUUUUUAAAAGUGACCUAUCUAAAAAGUACUGCCUCUGCUUAUUUUCUUUUAAUAUAGCUUUAAUCUCCAUCUUUUGAAAGAUGUGUAACAUUGGUGCAGUACUUACAAGCAGUAGUUGCUGCUUCUCUCUGACUUUGAUGAAGACAGGGCUUAUAUCUUUGCCUAAAUGUAUUACUGUGUAAGUAGGUGUUAUUUCAGUUUGUGUGUUUUCUAGCAGAAAAAUCUGUCCUUGGCCAAUACUGUAAAAGACAAAUCAUCCCUGUGGAUCUUUGUCCAAAAUCAGAAUGUCAAUAUUUUGCAGGCCACCUGCAGAUUAUCCAUAGAUGCCUCAUUUAGGAAUUUGUUUUUAUUGUGUUCUAAGAGGAUUGCUGUAUUGAGCAUUUUGCUUUAGUCUUACCUCAAUCUGCCACUAUCUGAAUCGUAAGGUGACCAUUGCCCUUAAAUAAAACAUCUAGAUAGUUCAUUGUGAACCAAAGCCUCACAUAUUAUGCAUUCUUUAAAAGGAUGGUAUUAGACCUUGCUGCAGCCUUUAACUGGAGAGUUGUCCAGAAAAUAAAGCGCAAUAACCUGCUGGAACAAACAACUUAACUGCUGUUUAUUGUCAUUGUGAAGUAUUCUUGUGUUUUAAUGUUUACUAUUGUUUGGAGUGUAACAGUCUUGCAUUUGCACAUAAGCACGAGCUGCUGUGAUAGAGGAUAGGUCAUUGCAUUAAUUUCAGCUUCUGCAUGAACACUAAGGUGUGAUUCAAGAUGUACCCGAAAUUUGUCUUGUAACUGUGUGUUUUUUAGGUAACCAGCUGUAAAGGUUUAAAUCUUGAUUGUAUGAAUGCAUAAAGCAAAACUACUGCUUUUGUCACUGAUCUUUGUUCCUUAUCCUCCCCCUUAUCCUAGGAAAGGUGGGUAUUUUUAUGGGGAUGGAAUGUAUUAAUAAGAACUGUUCCAUCCUUUGGGAAUUAGACCUAUUCUGCUUUGCAUAUUAUGUGCUUCUUGACAGAAGUGUGGUGUAUUGACUUUAAGGGUUAAAUUAGCGUGCAUUCAAAUCUUUAUGGUACUGAAUGAAAAAUUACUGUGACUUCCAGUGAAAUAGUCAGAUGCUACCUAUUUAAACACAAGUCAUUCAGCUUUAAAUAUUUAUUAAACAAGAGAUAAAGUAGUUGGGUUCCCAGAUGCUUGACAUGGCUCUGUUAUGCAUAAAAACUCUUGCUGUUGUAUGUAAACUCCCUAGGACACUGUUAGGCUUUACAUACAAUGCACACUUGUAACAUCUAAGUAUUCUUUCUUUAAAAGCUUGAUUACAUCCUACACAUGCACUAUAUUUUGGUUCUGGAGCAAAGUUCACAAAGGUAAUUGCCUUGUCAAACUUCCUGGGGGAAGAAUUUUAGAUUAAGUAUCGGGAAAAGUCCAAGAACUAAUGCCAUUCUCAACAAAAUAAAAGGUGAACAGUAUUCUGAUGUGUAUUUGAGAAGGGAAAAGUGAAUAAUGCAUUCUUAGGAGCCCAAGUAGAUAACAAUGGUUGCUGUAUGAAUUGUAUUGAGUGCAGUUGCUUGAUGCCAGUGCUAAAUUGGUACAACUAUAAAGCCUCAUUUUCACUGAGCCUCUGCUUUGCUUUUUUUUCUGCACAAUCAUAUAAGCCUUUGUGUUUGGUCUUUGAGUACUACAUGUGUAUUUUUUUCAGACAAUUAGUUUUAAGCAAUAAAGUUUGAUAUUACAUUAUAAAAAUGCUAA